GCAGCAAACCAACUCUCAGAUGACAAACUUUUCUUAUCUUGCAUUUUGUACCUUGAACGUUUCUUAUCGUCUUGUACCUUGUAUCAGAGUCUAAAUUUUUGGCCUCAUCACAACUCGUCAGGUAAUAUUGCGGGAUAUAACGUACUUGUGACAGUUUGUGGAAGGGUUCUGUUCACGCAACAAGCAAGGUCAAUAAGGAGGACUGUAGUUACCAUGGUAUCCCUUGAAGGAAAAGUUUGUAUUGUUACCGGGGCAACUAGAGGUAUAGGGAAAGGAAUUGCCUUACAACUUGGCCAGGCUGGAGCGACUGUUUAUAUAACAGGUCGAACUCUUGAACCAAAGAAUGAUGGCAGCGUUGGUGGGUCGCUCAAGGAAACUGCUUGUGAGAUUGAGAGCAGAGGGGGUAAGUGCAUUCCUGUGAAGUGCGAUCACAGCGAUCAAAACCAGAUUAAAAAACUCUUUGAGCAAGUCAAGUCAGAGCAAAAUGGCCGCCUUGAUGUUCUGGUAAACAACGCAUAUUCAGCUGUGACUGCAAUCAUGUCAAACAUUGGUAAGCCAUUCUGGGAACAACCUGAUGAUAUGUGGGACACAGUAAACACAGUGGGAUUAAGGGGUCAUUUCUUAGCAGCAAUAGAGGCAGCCAAGUUGAUGGUUCCUGCAAAGCAAGGCCUUAUUGUAAAUGUGUCUUCUGCUGGUGGUCUACGCUAUUUGUUCAAUGUUCCAUAUGGUGUGGGAAAGGAAGCGUGUGAUAGAAUGGCUGCAGACUGUGCAUUUGAGUUGAGGAAACACAACAUAGCAUUUGUGUCAAUAUGGCCUGGUGCUGUACAAACAGAAACGCUCAUGGACAAGAUCAAUGAUUUCACAUUUGAUAGGCAAAUAAAGAAUGCAGUUGUGAAUGGUGAAACUAUUGAAUUCCCUGGAAUUGCUAUAGCUCAUUUAGCUGCAGAUCAAAACAUAAUGAAGAAAACUGGUCGAAUCUUUUUGACAGUAGACCUUGCAGAUGAGUAUGGAUUUAAAGACAUUAAUGGACAAGUUCCGCCUUCAUACCGUCGAGUUAAAGACUUAUUGAAGAUGGUUAAUAGAACAUGGUUAGCGGCUUGUAUUCCAGGAUUUAUUAAAGUUCCCUUCUGGCUGAUAUCGUGCGCAACCCACAAAUUUUGAUAACUAUGAUUUUUAUCCCUUGUUUGAAAUUUGAAGUAUAACAACCGAAAAUUUAAUGAGAUUGUAAUUAAUUUUGUUUUAUUUUUAAACAGUUAAAUUUAUGACAUCCUAGCUAACAGUGUUACAUUGUAAUAUAGUUUUAAUAACGUCCUAGUUUGGUGUACCAAACUUGUUUUUGUAGAACCAAAAAUACGUAUUUGUAACACUAUUUAAAUACAGUACUUUGUAACAUUGCUUUGUUGCUGUAACGUUAUCUUAGCAUGCAGUACCUAACUACAACUUAAUACCUUUCCUGAUAUUUUGCUUAAACAGGGCUAUUUUAAAAAACAGACUGUUGCAUGUUGUCUGAAAUUGUGUCCUGUAUAAAUAUGUUUAAAUAAAUAAACUUCAUGAACAUUAUAAAGUUUGCUGAGGUAAUUGUUAUAUUUUUUAAUGAAAUUCAAAAAUAUGCUGUGUUGGUAUCAGGACCGACGCCCUUCGCAUUACUUGUGUCCUUGGACAAGGCACUUUACUUACGUUUGUUGCUGUAACGUUAUCUUAACAUGCAGUAAAUAACUACUGUACAACUUAAUACCUUUCCUGAUAUUUUGCUUAAACAGGGCUAUUUAAAAAAAAACAGACUGUUGCAUGUUGUCUGAAAUUGUGUCCUGUAUAAAUAUGUGUAAAUAAAUAAACUUCAUGAACAUUAUAAAGUUUGCUGAGGUAAUUGUUAUAUUUUUUAAUAAAAUUAAAAAAUAUGCUGUGUUGGUAUCAGGACCGACGCCCUUCGCAUUACUUGUGUCCUUGAACAAGGCACUUUACUUACGUUUGCCUCUCUCCACCCAGGAGUAUAAAUGGGUACCUGUACCUGCUAGGAUGAUGUGGCAAUGCAAGUAUUACUCUGUAUCAGCAUUAAAUUGCACACAUGAUUAGGAGUACUCCCCAGGGAGUGGAGGAGGUUGCACCACUUUGUGCUGGAUUGAUUAUGGAUCCAAUGACCAAGGGUAAUGUUAACAUCAUCACCAGCACCUUGUAUUCCUUGGCAAAAGGCGCAGUAUGAAUCUCUAUAUUAUUAAUAUUAUUAAUUUAUUGAAUGUCACGGCCCUGUUCCUACCAAUCCUUUCAACACUACACAAGGAUCGUACUUUUUAGUUUUUUAAGAACUAAAUUGACAUCUCCACAGAGUAUGAACUCGUGAAUAGACUCGAUAAGAAAAAUUUAUUGAAUUACAAUGUGUGAAUAGUAGGCUAUUUUAUUUGAUACGUAAUGCCUUUUAAAUACAAAUACAGUACCAAAUAGAAUAUAAAUAUAUAGAAACAUUAUGUCAGUAAAAUAUAUUACAAGGUAAUAAAAUCUGGAUCAUACAAAGAAA